AUGGCAAUUUACAGCCAGAUGUUAUUGAUCUUCUGGAUAAUGUGGUUAUUUAUGUCGCCGUUUGCUUUGGCGAAUUGGGACGAAGCCACGGGCCACAUAAGAGAUUACAAACCUUCUAAUACCUGGCUCAGCCGCAAUCGUCGUGAGUCCUUAAUUUUGACCUUCCGAUCAAAACCUGAAGUACUGUGCUCCGACUUACCUCCAAUCGUGGACUUUGAAAAGCCAAACUGUGCAGUGGGAACAUUCAAGUAUCGGAAUGUGCAAGAAAUACAAGACUUCACUUUCCUGAUGGUGGUCCAAUUGUUUGCUACUUUCACAGUGCAACAUGCUGAUGACAAUUACCAUGGAUGUCCCUAUGGGAUUUGCUGCGCUUACACCGUUGUCCCAUCCCCUCGGGACUUCGUCGCUGAUUUUACCAACGGGCAUGCCUUCUUCUGGCAUAACUUGGGGGGAAUGGCCGGUCUUGGGACGAAUCCGAUACGGGACCCGCAAACUGGACAACCAGGAUACGAGACCAGCGAUGGUGUUUUUCAUGUCGGGCCGCCGAACUAUAAACUUCGACAAAAUGGACACGAUUCCCAUUACCCGGGCUUUCGUCUCCCCCCAGCAUGGCCCAGUCUCAAAUACCCGGAUUGGAUGAUUAAACAACCUGCGCAUCCCAAAUGUGGUACUCCAAAAGGUCCAAAUCUUGACCCUGGACAGCAGAAGGGUGGCCAAUAUAAACCAGCUCCUGCCACUGCUUACUCGCCGCCACGAAGCCCGAGGUUGCCAGUUUAGUUGAGAGGCCUUCAGCUAACAGCUAACUCAGCCAAUAGAAAAAUUUGACUGUCUUGGUGCUAUUUUUUGCGUCCUUAUUUGACCUUACAGAAGAAUUCAAGCAAAAUAAGAAUGGAAUAUCACAAUAUGUAAUACUAUCACUAGAAACCAAGCAAAGAUCCAAAACACUGUAAUUUAACCAAGGGCG